GAUUUUUUUUCUAGAAAAUCAUUUUUUUGCAGUGUUGGCAUUUCACUUAUUUAUCCAACGUGAGUCAAAGAAAGAAAAGAAAGAUAGAGCGAAAUAAAGAUUUGAUUUAAAGAAGCCCAACAUAAGUUCCAGCUCAGAGCUGCAGGAUCAUACAGAAGUCAAUUACAUGCAUGAGUUCUCUCAGAUGAGUGAAGUUUCAUAUUCAGAUCGGCCAUUAUCAUGUCAGCAUGCAGCUCUUGUCUCUCACUGAUGGUUUUCUAUCUCGCUCUGCUGGUAACGUUGGUGUCCCAGAGUAAUGGAGGCUGUCAGGAUGCGGCUCUGUGUUGCGUUGGACAAAACCUCUCAUGUAUAACUGAAGGCUGGAGAGAAGAUCGCUCGUAUGGGGAAUGUUACUGCGACCAGGCAUGCAAGACGACAUUGGACUGUUGUCAUGACUAUGACCUUGCCUGUCCAGCUAUACCUUGCAUUGUGAGUGAAUGGAGCGUAUGGUCUGGCUGUAUGGAGCCGUGUAAGCCCACCGUGCGCACCAGACUCAGACAGGUGAUCCAGGAGGCACGUAAUGGUGGAGAACCCUGUCCCUCUCUACAGCAGACCGCAGGCUGCGCUAAGUACCAAGACCAGCACAAGACCUGUCUGCAAUCACUGGUCCCAGCUCUCAUCACCACUGGUGGCUAUGGAAAUGCUCGGAAGAAGAGGGAGAUUUCAGACUUGAGCAAUAUUACGGGUUACUGUGUGGAGUUUAAGCUCACCUCUUUGACCAUGGCAUGCCAGCACAGCAUCAGUCCUCACAUCCGCUGGAUGAGGUACCUAAAGGAAGGGCAUCAGGUGUGUGUGGAGUGCCAGCCUCCAGCUCUGACACAGGGUCAACGUUACUGCUCAGGGGACGGAGAGAGCUCUGGUUGGGAAAUGACGUUAGCUCUGCAAUGGCAGGCCGUGGGGAAUUCAAAGUGCAGAGGGGUAUGGCGACGUGUCCGCCGUCGAGACUCCUGCUCCUGCCCUACUGCACACAGUUUUCUCUUCAUCUAAUAUACACACACUUACAUCUAAAUUAACCAGAGCAUGCAGAAGCCAACCAAGUGGGGAGGGGCGAUCUCUUAUUCAUACUGCGAAGAAACCAAACGAUUUCAGGACAUUUUGACACAAUUUUUGGCUCUUUUUCCUAUACAAGACAAGGAAUUACCUUUUUGUCACAUACA